UGUAACCUUGAACUUGACUCACGUAUUCACUGUUUGUGGGGAGUGUCUGCAAUCUUGUAUUAGUAACUAUUAAUUAUUAUAUCUUUUGUAUAACUUUUAUUAAUAAUUAUGGAUCCUUCGAUCUUCCCUGAAGAAAUUUGGGUAAAAAUCUUAUUAUAUUGUGAUGUACCUGAUAUUAUUGCUAUCGGUAAUACGUGCAAAUAUUUAAGGAAAGCUUCAGAUACUGAUUACUUGUGGAAAAUGAAGUGGCUACAAUUGAUUUCAAAAGUACAUUUUAGAUUUCCAGAUAUAAAGUGUUUACAAUUACUUAGUGUCAGCUUUAAAGCAAUGUGCUAUAGAUUAUAUAUGGUAAUUACAUUGGGAGAAAAUGUUCAUUUCCCAAAAUGUCGUCACUGCAGUGGUUAUACAUGUCAAAGAAAUUGCGUUGAAGGUUCUAGCGCAAAAGUAGUAAUUGAAAUUGGAAAUAAGUAUACAUGGGUUAUUGAGCCACACUUUGAAUUAAGAAGACAUUUUUCAAUGUUUGGUGUACCUAAAUAUAAUAAUGAAACAUAUUUGGAACAAACACAAAAUGUCCCAAGUAGUAGUACACGUCCAAAAUGUGAUGGCAAAUCACUAGCUAAAAAGUUAAAACUAUUGAAAUUAUCUGAAUUAGCAACCGCUAAAAUCCCUAGACCUAGUGGCCCAUUUUGUGUUUUUUGUAAUUCUGUUAAAUUAUAUAGAGAAAAAAAGAGAUUAAUUACUCAUCAAAAUGAUCCAACAUGUUAUGCGAGGCCAAAUCCAAUUUAUGAGAAACUUAUAAAUGGAUAUUGCACUGAUACCGUUGAAGUACUUGGAAUUCCAAAUGUUGAUCUUGUUAGUCCAGCAGAAGCAUUAUUAAGUGAUGGAACAUUUCCUGUUCUUAAAACAUUUGUUGGUCAUUUGUUUCAUCAAAUGAGAUUAACUUCAACAUUAAGGAAACCCAAUGCAGUGCUCAUGUUCUGUGAACCAUUAGCUAUGCAUCCAAUGCUAAGAAAACAAUUGUUGCAUUACUUGUUCCAAGAAGUCAAGGUAUCAAGAGUAUGUCUGGUUCCUAAACCUUUAGCAGCAUGUGCAAUGCUGGAUGUGGAAACUUGUGUCGUAGUUGAUAGUGGUGCUUUAAGUACAACGGUAGCUGUUGUAAUUGGUGGACGUGUUAUACCACAACGUUGGAGAUUAUUACCUGUUGGUGGUUGGCAUGUAGCAUACCAUCUAAAACAAGCUAUGCAUUGGUAUCUAAAAGGAUGUUAUCAUAUUCCUAUAUCAUAUCUGGAUACAUUACCUAUUAAAGAAAGGUGUAGAUUAAGUUACAAUAUCAAAAAUGAAGAGAGAAGAGUAGGACAAAAAAAUGAAGAAUGUAUUAAAGUUAGAGUUCGAAGUUAUACUGAUAAUAAGCAAUUUUUGAGAGUUUCCUUGGGUUCAGAAUUAUAUAUUGCUCCCGAAAUGAUGUAUAUCGACCUUGGUUUACCACAAGUGAUAAAAGAUGUAACGUCUGGUUUAUCGGAAGAAAUAUUGCAUGAUUGUCUCUCACACAUUUUGCUCACUGGAGGCAAUACACACCUUUCAGGUUUUGGGCUAAGAUUGACUAAAGAUUUACGAGAAUUAUUACCAGAGCACAGCAAGAUAUUAGAAGUAAGAAGUUGUCCUGGUACUCAUAGUUGGAAUGUUGCAAUGGGUUCCACAUACGUGCCUUUAGCUGUACAUCCUGACAAGACACCACCAGAAUAUAUAGAAGGUAAUCCAUUUUGGUUGUCAAGAGAAGAAUAUGUUUUAUUUGGGUGUGAAUCGUUAGAGCAGUAAAUCCGUAAUAAGUGAUUUUUUACAAUGUCAAUACCUCACUUAUUAUAUAAAUGCAAAUCUUUGCAUGUGUAAAACUGUUGAAAAAGUAAAGGAAAAACUGUCAUGAAGAAAAUCUUCUCAUGAAUUGCCUUUAAAUUAGAUGCAAAAUAUAAUCGUAGAUAAUUGGAGGAGCAUUCCAAGAUAAAGUGCUUGGACAAAAAUAGAUAUUGAUACUUCUGGGGCCCAUCUUACAAGGAAACGGAAGGUGUAAGCUCUACUAAUAUGUAUCCAAUGAAUACUGGGAUAGACACACGUUUCCGCACCUAUCUUGCAAUGUUAUACCCAUUAAGCACUUUUUGUCACCACAUUAUCAUUGAUCUCUAUCAGUUUAACAACAUUUUAAAUCCAUUCGAUAUCAUGUAUCAAAUCACGUCACUUCCAAAUUCUCUUUUACGUUUUCUUGACAUUCUAAAACGUCACUAGUAAUUAAAUCCUCAACUGAUCUCAUAAUGUAGCUAAGAUUUCUUAAUUCAAAUCGUAGUAAGUUAAAUAAAAUUGUUUCUACAUUGUAGAACUUAAUCAAUAUCUGGAUUUUCUACUCUUAUUGAAUAGCACCUAAAUCCAAUAAUAUGGAUUCCGUCCAUCCUAAGUUUUCAACAAUAUAACGUUACAUUAUUGAUCGCUUUUAUAAACUUUAGAGAAAUGAUCAGUAAAUGAGGUACUAAAUUGGAGAACAUUUAUAUUGUAAUAUAUAUUCUACAUCCUUUAUUUUACAUUAAAUUUUAAUACUUUUAUUGCACAUCAGGUUUUCCUGGUAACUCACUCCCAUUAGCAUUGAGAAUUAAUCAUUCCAUACUCAUGGCGAACUGCCAUUUAUGGUCGAUAUUCCCAAAAUUGUAUCUUCUCCUAUCCCUUAUAAAAUGAUUUUUAUGUAUAUAGCCCAAACAAUAAUUUGUUUUGUACAUACAUACAUACAUACAUAUAUAUAUAUGUUUCAUUGCUUAAUGUACAGGUAAAUAAUUUUAGAAAGUAUUAUUUAAAAAUAAGUAUUAUAAAUUUUUAAAAACUUGUUCAUGAUUUCCCAAAUUUACAAUACAUCAUUCUUGCCAAAAUAAGAAAUAUCUAUUAAUAGCC